AUGUCAUCAACCAUCCAGGAACCACCUCGACAUCAUCCAUCGACAAGGUUCAUCGAAAUAGGCCUGCGAAGGCUCGCGAUCGAGGUCAAAAUGAAGGAAGAGACCACGAAGCGCAAGGCUGAGGAGGAGCCGUCCUCCCCGAUCGCGAAUAAACGGGUCAAGCACAAUGAGUCGGCCGAACCAGAAAAGAAGCCGGCAAUGAAGCCCAUCCCCUUCCCCGAAAAGCCCGCCGUCAUCGAAGAGCGCACCGGCGAGAUCGAGUUCCGGGUAGUCAACAACGACAACGAGCGCGAAUCCCUCAUCAUCCUCACCGGCCUCAAAUGCAUCUUCCAAAAGCAGCUCCCCAAGAUGCCGAAAGACUACAUCGCGCGACUCGUCUACGACCGGACCCACUUGUCCAUCGCGAUCGUCAAGAAGCCCCUCGAGGUCGUCGGCGGCAUCACCUACCGCCCCUUCAAAGGUCGCCAGUUCGCCGAAAUCGUCUUCUGCGCCAUUAGUUCUGAUCAGCAGGUUAAGGGAUACGGCGCGCAUCUCAUGUCCCACUUGAAGGACUAUGUCAAGGCGACCAGCGACGUGAUGCACUUCCUCACGUAUGCUGACAACUAUGCCAUCGGAUACUUCAAAAAGCAAGGUUUCACCAAAGAGAUCACGCUGGAUAAGAGCGUAUGGAUGGGUUACAUCAAGGAUUAUGAGGGCGGUACGAUCAUGCAGUGUUCAAUGCUGCCCCGCAUCCGAUAUCUCGAAAUGGGCCGCAUGCUCUUGAAGCAAAAGGAGUGCGUCCAGGCCAAAAUCCGCGCCUAUUCGAAAUCGCACAUCGUCCACGCUCCGCCAAAAGAAUGGAAGUCUGGCGCCAAGCCAAUCGACCCGCUCACCAUCAGCGCCAUCCGCGCAUCAGGCUGGUCGCCCGAUAUGGACGAGCUCGCCCGCCAGCCCCGCCACGGUCCCAACUACAACCAGCUUCUCCACCUCCUCAACGACCUGCAGAACCACCAGUCUGCCUGGCCCUUCCUCGUGCCCGUCAACAAGGACGACGUCGCCGAUUACUACGAAGUUAUCAAGGAACCCAUGGAUCUUAGUACGAUGGAGACCAAACUCGAAGCAGAUCAGUACGCAACGCCGGAGGACUUUAUCAGGGAUGCGAAGCUCGUCUUCGACAACUGUCGCAAGUACAAUAACGAGUCUACGCCGUAUGCGAAGAGCGCCAACAAGCUGGAGAAGUACAUGUGGCAGCAGAUCAAGGCCAUACCCGAGUGGUCUCACCUUGAGCCGUAG